AUAAAAAAAAUACCAGUCAUGAACGCCAUUUUUUUUGUGUAAAUAUAAGCUAAAAAAAAUAAUCAGAACACUAAAAGAGGCACCAGUCAAGGCAGUUGAAUUUUUUUAACAUAACAAAGUCCACAGGAUUGUCUUGUGAUAUGAUGAAUAAGCAUAUUUUCAACCUAUUCAUUGCGAAUCUGUUAUUUGCUAUAUGCCCAACAAUAAUCUUGCAAUGCGGCUGCUUGAUUUCGAUGAUGAAAAAUGGGUCGCUGACUGCCAGAUGCAGCAACAUUUCCGGCUUAUUUUUCGAGUGUUUGGCUGGACAGCAGGUUGAAACAUUGGAUCUAUCAGGCGUUGGUCUUGAAGAAAUUCCAAAUGCCCUAAAUUUAACAGCUCUCAAGGACCUUAGGCACCUGGACCUCUCGAACAACAAGAUCUCGCGCCUGAAGAGUUUUAACUUCAGAACGAUGCCUCGCCUGCAGAGUGUAGAUCUAAGCCAUAACGAUCUCACGGAUUUGCCCAGUGAACCAUGCCGUAUACCCUUCAUCGAUGUGAGCCACAACAAAUUGACCGAUAUGCACAGCUUGGUUGUUCUUUUUAGAACCAAUGCGAACAUCAAGGGAAAUCCGAUUCUGUGCGCCUGCUCUUCGCCUAUUGUGAAAAGAUUCUAUGCAAUGGCGAGUCUGUCCAAAUUGGAGAGUAUCGAGUGCAUUUUGCAUGACUCCGAUCAGCCAAAACCAUUGUCGACGCAGUGCCACAAGGAAAUCGACCAGGAUCAGACUCCUUCAUCGGUGUCUUGGUUGCUUUUACUACCUAUAUUACCUUUUCUCUGUUUGUUCGGGAUUGGCAUCGUAUGGCUAUGCAAAAAGGGAAAUAAUUGAACUCACUUAUUGCACUGAUCGAAUCAAUCAUACAUUUUGAUCAUGCGACCACUCAGAACAUAGAAAACCUUUAAAUUUUUAAAUUUACGAAAUAGAUAUUUUCAUGCAGACAGUAUUAAACUUUCAGUAAAGAGUUUGCGAUGCGGUGAAAAAGACGUUACAUAAACAUUCUUGAUCAGCAUAACUAGACGAGUUGAUAUGGCCAUGUUCAUCCUUUUCUGCACUAGUUCAGUUAUGAAGCUACGCAGAGAAAACAAAGCAAAAGAGAGGUGCAAAGAGAGGGUAGGAACUUAAAAAAAGUAAAACAAAGGUUUUUAGUAAAAAUAGCUUAAAAUAAGUUUGUAAAUUUUUCGAAAAAGUUUCAACCUUGUUUGUGCACCUAAAACUUUGCCUAUUUUUCUCUGUGUAUCUAGAUACUUUUUUUCAAAAGCAAUCACAUUUAGUGCAAGUACUACCUAUGUAAUAAUACAGUAAUUUUUAAAAGUCUUACAAGUAUUGCAUUAAUUUUAAGCAUUUUAAUGAAAGUAUUAAGAAAAUGUGUAUUACCAUUUAAAUAAUAAACAAUUGGCUCGAUAUGUCCGAGCUUGUUUUAA